UGAACGCGUCCCCCUCACACACACCCCGGGCCGGUGUCUGCGGUGGGGUCGGUCCCGAAUUCACCCCCCGGUUCUGUGUUUGCCCCUGAGGGGUUUCAUCCCGGGGGGUUCCCGCUGUUUUGCCUUCAGGAGCGGGGCAGGAGUAUCCCGGGAGGAAUUUUGGGAAUGCUCGGGGCCGCUCCGAGCAUCCCACGUUUUCCUGCUGGAGCCUCCCCCGUCAGCGCCAGGGAGGACCGUGAUUAUUUCUGUUAUUCCUGGCUCCCUCUCUGUCUCCCUGCCAGCGUUUUUGGCAGGUGCGGUCGCUCCCGGCCGGUUGUUUUGCCCCUGGAGUACACACGAGCCGUGUGGCUGUGUCAGAUCCGGGCAGCUCCGUUCCCGUGUUUUUAUUUGAGUGGGGAAGCUGCUGACGAGCACUCGGUGGAACGAGUCGGGCAGGUCUCAACCGGGCUGGCACACAGACCGGGCUGUUUCUCCUGGGUGCCAGUGUCGAUCCCUCUCGGUGUAUGUGUGGUAACAACAUGUCUGUCCCCCUCCUCGCCGACGCUGUCACCGUGUCAGGGGCAGAGCGGGAGACCGCUGCGGUCAUUUUCCUCCAUGGCCUUGGAGACACGGGGCACAGCUGGGCCGAUGCUCUCUCCUCCAUCCGCCUCCCCUACGUGAAGUACAUCUGCCCUCACGCGCCCCGGAUCCCAGUGACCCUCAACAUGAAGAUGGUCAUGCCCUCCUGGUUCGACCUGAUGGGACUGACUCCGGAUGCACCCGAGGAUGAAGCUGGGAUCAAGAAAGCUGCAGAAAACAUUAAAGCAAUCAUUGAGCACGAGAUGAAGAACGGGAUCCCCCCCAACCGCAUCAUCCUGGGGGGCUUCUCACAGGGCGGUGCCUUGUCGCUGUACACGGCUCUCACCUGCCAGCACCAGCUGGCCGGGAUCGUGGCGCUCAGCUGCUGGCUCCCGCUGCACAAAGCCUUCCCACAGGCGGCGAACAACAGCGUGAACAAGGACAUCGCCAUCCUGCAGUGCCACGGGGAGAUGGACCCCAUGAUCCCCGUGCGCUUCGGGGCCCUCACGGCCGAGAAGCUCAAGUCUGUCGUCACCCCCGCCAAGGUGCAGUUCAAAACCUACCCCGGCGUGAUGCACAGUUCCUGUCCUCAGGAGAUGAUGGCGGUGAAGGAGUUCAUCGAGAAGCUGCUGCCCCGGAUCUGAGCCGAGCCCCUCGGGACUGUCGCAGGGGAGGGGGCCGAGGUCAGCGCCGCCCGUCUGUCCCUGUGACCCGCCCGCUGCCAACGGAAGCCAUGGCCCCCCCAGCACCGCCCGCCACACCCACCCGUGCCCGCGUCCUGCACCGCGUCCCCCCGGCCGGGGCUGCCCGGCUCUCCCGCUGCCCGCAUCGGAGCUGCCUGCGGCCAGCCUGGCAGCGGCCUUUUCUCUCCUGCUCUGGCUCCCAGCGGCUCCCGGGGAAUGGUCACCGUCCCCUCGGGCCCCCGCGGGGCUGGCACGGCGCGGGUGAGGUUCUCCUGUCGCGUUUGCGGUUUUUGUACCAGUAUUAGGGUGGGACGUGCCCGGCUGCGGUGGGAGGAGCGGGGUGGGGCUGGGGCACCCCUGGGCUCGGAGCUCUGCCCUCGGUGGCCGCUCUCGGCCUCCGCGGGUUUUCAGUCAGAGCUCAGGAACCCGGGACUCCCCUGCGGACGCCUCCAGGUGCCCGGGCAGGCUCUGCCCUGGGUGGCACCGCCAAAGGCUGCCCGGGGCCGGCAGGGAGGGUCAGCGCAGCUCCCGCACCUCCCGCACGGCCCCGCCUGUCACACACGCACACUCCCCUCAGCCAUGGACCUGGGGCAGCUCUGCCCUCCUGAGAUAAUCACCUCUUUCCCCCUGCUCUUCCUCUUGUUGCUUUUACAAUCUCCAUCCCAGAGGCAUCUCCCCCGCUCCCAGCCCAGCUCUGCGCCCUCGGAGCCCCAAAGCUUCGUUUACACUCACGGAGCCACCGGCCCCGUCUUCAAUGUCUUCUCUUGCUGCUACUUGUCCUUCCCUUUGGACUCGGGCUGGCUCGGGGAGGGGGAGGGCCCUGGACCCCGGGUUUGGCUCCUGGUGCAGCUGGAAGGAGCAGCUUUGCUCCCAACCAUCAUCUGACCAGCACCUGAGCCCCGGCUGCUGCUGUGCCCCACCCUCUGUGCUCCCGGGGCUGGGGGCUCAUGUCCCCUCCAUGUACAAUCACCAGUGUCCCUCACCUGUGGCUUGUCCCCUCCCGACUGCUGGCACCGUGCCGGGGCCCCGAAUGUCUCCUCUGGGGGGGCUCCUGGCUGACCCUCCCCUCCACAGGGCCCAGGGCAGUGGCUGUGGAGCAGCUCUGCCCUCACCCCCCUCUUCCCCCGGGCUGAGCCCCCACCCGGGGCUGGUGAUGGCUUUUAAAACACCCCCACAUUCCUGGGGAGCACUUUGCUCCCCCUGCCUGCCGUGGGGGGGCUCAGCCCCAGCAGUUCUGCUCCAGCCCUGCCCUUCCUGCCCGGGCUGUGCAAAGCAAUAACCGCCCUCUGGAGAGUGGAUCGUGGGGCCCACCUGGGCUGGGCUCUUGGCUUGGGCUUUUAGGUUUUGAUCCUUUUAAUAAGUCUGAAAGCUCUUCUAUGCUGUGUUUUAAUGCUGCUGUGCCCCCACGCCCCAGGCUUGGCUGGGGGGCAUGAGAGGGUGGCAGGGGUGGGAUGGCAGCUCCCUGGGGCACCAAGGGCUGGUGAUGGACAGACUGACCCGUGUGACUGUGAACUGGAACCGUGUGUGAUGGGGGGCCCGGAACCAUCCCUGGGGCACCGUGGGGCCCCUCUGCAGAGCAUUCCUGCUCACUCCCUGCCCGAGCAGUGCUGGAAACCCGGGAGGGAGAACGGCUUCUCUCCAUUCCUCAGUACAGCUUUGGGGUUUUUCUUUUGGUUUUUUUUUGGUUUUGUUUUUUUUUUUUGGUUUGGGUUUUUUUUUUGGUUGUUUUUCUUCUCUCGUCUUCCUUGUACAUGUUUGGGUUUUUUUUUUUGUGUGUGUGCGUGCGUUCCACAGAGAAUCAAGGUGAAAUAAAUCCUCAAUUUAUCCCAGA